AUGGAAACCAGGAAGGAGAUGGUGAUGUUUCUGGAAGGGACACAACUUGGCGCUCUAGUUGGCAAGAGGGUGCCUAAUUUGCCCGAAGCAGUGGGGAGCCCCGCUCCGGAGCCGCAGGAGAAGAUGAUCCAUCGCAACUGCCUCAGCCCCAGACCUGGCCCCUUGUCGUCCCGGGAGAGAGGAGGAGGAGGUGGCGGAGGAGAAGACGAAGAGGAGGUGGAGGUGCUGCCGGGGACAGGGACGGUGCCGGAGAGCCGCUCGGCGGCGGCAGCACUGCUUUCGGCCGGACAGCAGCCCCCCGCCCUGGAGCCCCCCUCCAGCAAAGGGCAGCAGAGCAGCUCGGACACCGAGUCGGAUUUCUAUGAGGAAAUCGAGGUGAGCUGCACCCCGGACUGCGCCACGGGGAGCGCCGAGUACCAGCACAGCAAAGGUACCCAACUCCUUCCCAUGCCUCCAGCCCCUCGCCCGCUCCGGGGCUGGGGGGCAGCACUGGGGGGGCGGGAAAUGCGCCGCUACCGCACCGCCUUCACCCGCGAGCAGAUCGCCCGGCUGGAGAAGGAGUUUUACCGGGAGAACUACGUGUCCAGGCCCCGGAGAUGUGAACUGGCGGCUGCUCUAAAUCUGCCAGAAACCACCAUCAAGGUUUGGUUCCAGAACCGCAGGAUGAAGGACAAGCGGCAGCGCCUGGCCAUGACCUGGCCUCACCCGGCCGACCCGGCGUUUUAUACUUACAUGAUGAGCCACGCGGCGGCCACCGGCAAUUUGCCGUACCCGUUCCCGUCCCACCUGCCCCUGCCCUACUACUCCCACAUGGGCAUCGGAGCCACAUCGGCCUCUGCCGCCACCCCCUUCAGUACCCCCCUGAGGCCGCUGGACACCUUCAGGGUCCUCUCCCACCCCUACCCGAGACCAGAACUGCUGUGCGCCUUCAGGCAUCCUUCUCUCUACCCUGCCCCAACUCAUGGACUCAGCAGCGCCGGGGGCAACCCCUGCUCCUGCCUGGCUUGCCACAGCGGCCAGUCCAACGGGCUGGCGCAGAGACCAUCCGGAUCAGACUUUACCUGUUCGGCCACAACCAGGACUGACUCUUUCCUCACUUUCACGCCCUCUGUGCUGAGCAAAGCCACCUCAGUUUCCAUGGACCAGCGAGAAGAAGUACCUUUAACGAGAUAA